AUGGCUACCCCCAGUGUCCUUACCUUUGAUGCUGAGGGUCGGGCUGUUGACUUUGAGGUCUGGGUCAAUGACUUGCAGCUUUUCCUACAGUGCGAUAGGGCAGACGGUCUCUCCCUUUUCGAUCUCACGUCUGGUGCCUCUCCUACCCCGCCUGCUGAUGCUGACAGCACUGUUCGCUCACAGUCGGCCACACGCAAUGCUGCUGCCCGUCUUGCUGUGCGUCACCACUUACCGACCGCUGAGGAUGCGCACUUUAGUCAGUACAAGAGUGCUAAGACCUUGUACGACGCUGUAGUUGCACGCUACUCGUCCCCUGCCAUUGCUGCUCUUAGCCGCCUCAUACUGCCGUACCUGUUCCCUAACCUCGCUGCCUUUCCCACAGUCGCUGACCUCAUUACGCACCUUCGCACUAGUGACACUCGCUACCGCGCUGCGCUUCCUGCUGAGUUCUGCGCCAAGAAAACCCCCCCCAUGUACAUCACCCUCUACUACAUAGUCACCCGGCUCCCCGACUCCCUUCGCUUAGUUAGGGACCACUUCCUCUCAGUUUGCCCCACCAUACUCACCGUAGACCUCCUCGAGGAGCGCCUCCUGGCAGCAGAGAAGAGUAUAGUCGCUGUAGGAGCCUCUCGUGGUGACCCUCACACCCCCGUCUUUGAGGGGUGUUCCCCCUCCCGCCUCUUGCCCUCUGUUGCCUCUGCUGCUGCGGCCGACCUUGUUGGCCUCGAGUCGGUCGGAGUUGCGUCUGCCCCUAGCGGGAGACGCCGCACCGGCAAGGGCAAGGGGGGCAAGGGCGCUGGAGGAGCUGGCGGGGGCGGUGGAGGUGGCGGUGGAGGCGGUGGAGGGGGUGGGGGUGGUGGUGGGAGUGGUGGUGGGGGUGGGGGCGUCGGUGGCGGCAGUGGAGGCGGAGGAGGCGGCGGUGGUGGCGGUGGGAGGAGAGGAGGUGGAGGCAGCGGAGGCGGCGGAGGUGGUGGCGGCAGCGGUGGAGCUGGUCGCGGCUCUGCGCAGAGGGGUGGCUCCGGUGGUGGUCAGCGUCAGCAGCAGCAGCGCACUCGUGAGACCCCGACCCCCCAGCAGCUUCGUGAGUGGUACGCUGCGCGUCAGCGGGGUGGAGGUACUCGUCCCUGUACCUACGUCCUUCGCACCGGCGACCGCACUGGUGAGCAGUGCGGGGGCGCGCACUCCACCCAGCGCUGCUUCGGCCGCCUGACGGACGCUUGGCGUCACCAGUUUCCUGACGCCACUGAAAUCCCUCGCUGGGGAGAGCUGUCUAGGGCGGGGGUUGCUAUCUUUGAUCUGGAUUUUGAUGCUAUCCUUGCUGCCAUGUAUGCUGUUUCUACUAGUGAUGAGGGUGACUGUUACCUGUGUGUUCUGCCUGACCCGGGCAUUGGGACUGCUACUCUAGGUGCUGGUGAGGCUGCUGCUCUAGGUGCUGGUGUGCUCCAAGGAGCCAGCUGGAACAGCACAGUGGCAGCUGGAGGGAAAGAAGCAGGAGGCGGGCAGUAG